AUGAAUGUCUUAAAAUAUCGUUCAAGGUUGUAUGCGCGUGGAUUUUUUGUUUUGAAGUUGAGAAAAUGCAGUGAGUGAAAAUUUAGAGUAGAUAAAUUUAUGAAAAUUUAUGUAGUAUAGGGGUGAUAAGUAUGGCAUAAAUUAAGUUACUCACCGGGUAUAUGGGUGUGGCAAAGGUGUAAGAUAGGGGUGUGACCCAUGGAUACAACUUGUGUUGAACUUUCCUUGGCUGAGAUGAUCCAUUAAUUGGAAGGGUGCAAUAUAUUUAUAACCCUGGGUUUAUUUGGUGGAGUGGGCGUAAAUUGAAAGGGUGCAUUGUUGUGAACCUAGGUCCACUACUGCCAGAUGAAAGGAUGGUAUUGCAAAGUGGCUGAAAAUUACACCUUAAAGACCCAAUUGACCAAUAAUAAAUAACGCCCCCAUCCUGAUCGCCCAUUCCUUGCAUGUCUUACCAGCCAGGAAAUCUUAAUUGGCAAUCCGAUCUAUUGCUGGCCUGUGUCAUUAGCCGGCAAUGAUUUGGACAGCUGGCUAGUGCCAUCUAUGACAUUAAUAUAAGUGGCAUUUAUAUCUAUCUGCAGGGAAUUUCAACAUUUCAGCAGGUCGAUUUGGGAAAAGUCAAAAUGCUGACCAACCAACAGCUAAUUGUGAUGACAUUCAUGUUUUUACCAAGACAAAUGAACCAUUACUGGUAAUCUUUUAUACUACCAAUUUCCACACCUAUUAACUGUAUAAUACCAUCAAAUAUUAAUUCUUUAUAAAUAUCGAAUGAGAUAAUUUGGGCAGGAUUUUAAAUAGAUAAUUUUCUAUAAUAAAUGUUUUUUCAAUUGUUAAAAUGUAUUGAUCUAUGACAGAGUAACUACAGCAAUCUUGCGUGUGGUUAUGGGUUCACUGUGCUCUGCACAGAUCACCAGCAGCUCAUGGUGUCAGGAGUGAAUGGUAACUCUCAACUUGGUGUGCCUUCUUAUCAAAAUAAUGGUAAGUUUCACUGGCCGAGUGGUGCUGUCUGGCUGGUGACUGACGUCAUGCCGAACAACUGAAUGGUGUCCUUUUUAUUUAGUGGUUGACAAGUUAACAAAAGUGGAACUACCAUUUAUAAAAUCAGACUCUCAAAUCUUCGACAUAUCCUGUGGACGACUUCACACAGUUCUUUCAACCACUGAAGGAUGUAACUAAAAACGAACUUUUUUGUACUGGAUAGCUCUAUCAGAUUUAGACAGCUCAGCUCUAUAAUCCUUGAGAUCAUUUCUUCAGUGCUACUACAAGAGAAAACCAGAGUACUAAUGGAAAAAAACCUGUGUUUAAUGUUUACUCUGAUGGUGAUAUUAUAUUCAAACAACUGCACAUUGGAGGACGGUUCAACUGUGGUCCAACACAGAUGAAAAGCGCAUUUGUAUUUGUAAAUGUUGAUUGAGAAAGUAAGCGGAAAUAUAAUUACUUUUUAGUUCAAUUUUGUCUUUGAUUUCUUCAGUAUUUGCGUCUGGAUGCAAUAAGCUAGGUCAGUGUGGUCUGGGAGAAAAAGAUGAAAUAACAUCCCUCACCAAGAUACCAUCGCCAACUGAAACCGCUGUAAAACAGGUAUAAAACCGGUUGUAAAAUGAUGGUAAACUUCUUGGUAUUAAUAUAGAUGUUCAGAUUUGACUUCCGCCACAUCUCACUGGGGCUUAAUAGACUUAAGGGCGCUUUCCAUUUAAUGGCCAGACCGGUCUCUCGAUUUAAUGGCCAGACCGGUCUCUUCCAUUUAAUGGCCAGACCGGACCAGAAUUUUUCUCUCUGUAUUAAUGGAAAGAUCUGGUUCAGGGCCUCAGGCCUCUCGAAAAUCUGCCGAAAAUGGAUCUCCGUCAAAAUUGAUCCAAAUUUUCGGAUUAGAUUGACCCGAACUCCAAAUGUAUUGUGUUCCAUUCAACAAUGUGACCGUUCUCACCGGUCUCGCCGUGUUAAUGGGAAAGCGCCCUAAAUAUUAAUUUGAUUGGUUAAUUGGUUAGAAUAAAUGCAUCUGAUUGGUUUAAAGGUAACAGUACUACCUAACGGUCAAAGUUCAAUACAUUCCAUUCUUCAUUCCUCAUCCACCAGGUCGUUUGUGGUCUUGACCACACCCUUCUCCUAACAGAAGACGGUGAUGUAUGGUCGUGCGGUUGGAGUGCUGACGGCCAGACGGGUAAUUCAUUUUCUCUUGCCUACAAUAAUGAUCUUUUUGAGUUCCUGAAAAUGGCUAGCUUCUACCUCUUUGAAAGGAUUCCACGUUAUUUUACGUUAAAGGUUUAGGACACUGUGAGGAGCAACGAUCGCUUAUCCCAAUCCAAAUGCCAUCACAUGUAAAGAUAAAUAAAGUCGCGACGAAAUCUGAUUCUUGUCUUGCCCUGUCAAGUAAGGAAAAUAAUGAGUUAGUUUUCUAACAAAUUAACCUAAACAGGAAUUAUUAUAUGGUUGACCACCAUCUCCGCGCAUGCUAGGUUUAUAGCAGUUACACACGCUUAUAUCCUCUUUAGAUUGUGGUCAGGUGUUUUCGUGGGGAAACUCAGAAUAUAGUCAACUGGGAUUUUCAACUGAAGAAACAUUGGUUAGACUAAAAUUUUACUAAAUGUAUUUCUACACUAUUCUCAACUGUUUAUGCUGGAGACAUCCGACCUUAGUUUGCGCAAUGUUGCUUAGACUUUCCAAAGUCCUUUCCAGACCCUUCUAUGGCACGCUUCACUUCCAGCAAAGCUAAUCAGAGAAGUGAAAUCAUGAGAUAUAAUGCUAACCAAUGGGUCACCAACACUGAAAAUUCUGUAUAUUACUGCAUAUUAAGUUUUAGACAUUUUAUCACCAACAUUGUCUAUGGACUUUUCUAGAUCACAAAACCGACCAAAAUCACCUCACUACAGAAUGUUGUUGAUAUCGCCAUUGGUAACUCCAUCGGUCUCGCGUUAACAGGUUCGAAACGAUACUGGUAACCAUUGUCUAUCUACUAUGUAUCCCCCUGUCAACAUUCCCCGUGGGAGGAAACCCAAGUCCCCGCGGAGAAAACUACAAGGGCUCAAGAAAAGAUAGUUCCCAUAGUAACCAGCUUCAAUAAUACCAUCAAUUAUCAUUGAUUGAUUAUAUUUGGUAAUUAUCUAAUGUUAUAGAUGAUGGCGCUGUCUUUAGUUGGGGCUAUGGUUUGUUGGGCAAUAGCUCUGAGCCAUCUUUCAGUCCAGCUCCGCAAAAACUAACGUUGUUGGAAAAGCGUGUAAUCAAAGUGGACUGUGGCCUUCAUUGCUACGUCUUGUUGACAGGUAGAUUGAUAGACAUGAUUUGCUGAACAAUUUGAACAGAUUAAAAGUCGUACGACUUACGAUGAAACAGAUUAAAAGUCUCACAAUGUACAUUUUUCUAUUAAUUGCAGAUGAGAAAGAAGUUUACAUGUGGGGAAAACUAAAUCACGCAUUAUAUUCUUGUUCACCAAAGAAGGUAUAUACUAAACAUACAAAAAACAUAUCUUUUUACAUUAGGGAAUAAUACUUUAAGUUUGACUCUAUCAAACACCACAGGUUUUCUUCGGGAACUCCCGUUUCCUCUUGUAAUAACACUGGAUCAAUAAGAGAUGAUCCUUACUGGACCUCUGGGGAGAACAGUUUAGAACUGAUAGAGCUAUCCAGUAUAAAUAAAGUUAGUUUAGUUUAGGUUUCCUCCUGUAGUAACACUGGUUCAAUAAGAGAUGAUCCUUACUGGACCUCUGGGGAGAACAGUUCAGAACUGAUAGAGCUAUCCAGUAUAAAUAAAGUUUGUUUAGUUUAUAGGUUUCCUCCUGUAGUAACACUGGAUCAAUAAGAGAUGAUCCUUACUGGACCUGUAGGAAGAACAGUUUAGAACUGAUAGAGCUAUCCAGUAUAAAUAAAGUAAGUUUAGUUUAGGUUUCCUCCUGUAGUAACACUGGAUCAAUAAGAGAUGAUCCUUACUGGACCUCUAGGAAGAACAGUUUGGAACUGAUAGAACCAUCCAGUAUAAAUGAAGUUAGUUUAGUUUAGGUUUCAUCCUGUAGUAACACUGGAUCAGUAAGAGAUGAUCUUUACUGGACCUCUAGGAAGAACAGUUUGGAACUGAUAGAACUAUCCAGUAUAAAUAAAGUUAGUUUAGUUUAGGUUUCCUCCUGUAGUAACACUGGAUCAAUAAGAGAUGAUCUUUACUGGACCUCUAGGAAGAACAGUUUGGAACUGAUAGAACUAUCCAGUAUAAAUAAAGUUAGUUUAGUUUAGGUUUCAUCCUGUAGUAACACUGGAUCAAUAAGAGACGAUCUUUACUGGACAUCUAGGAAGAACAGUUUAGAACUGAUAGAGCCUUCCAGUAUAAAUGAAGUUAGUUUAGUUUAGGUUUCCUCCUGUAGUAACACUGGAUCAAUAAGAGAUGAUCCUUACUGGACCUCUAGGAAGAAGAGUUUAAAACUGAUAGAGCCAUCCAGUAUAAAUAAAGUUAAUUUAGUGUAGGUUUCCUCCUGUGGUAACACUGGAUCAAUAAGAGAUGAUCCUUACUGGUCUUGUAGGAAGAACAGUUUGGAACUGAUAGAACUAUCCAGUAUAAAUGAAGUUAGCUUAGUUUAGGUUUCCUCCUGUAUUUGCAGGUUGAUCUUCCCUCAAAUGUACUACGGAUCAGUUGUGGCAUCGAUCACAUGGGAGUAAUCGUUGAUGAUUGAGCCAGCUUGAUAAAAAUGUAUUUUCUAUUGAGAAAAGACAUAAAUUUUACUAAAUUAAUUCACUGCUUUUUGGCUAAUGAUUUUGAAAAUUUGUAUGAGUGCAUGACUGCAGAAUAGGAUUUUCAAAACAAUGAAAAGACAGUGGAACAUUCUGAUCACUGGAUCAUGACUGGAUGGCAUGGAGAACAGUGGGAUUUUCAAAACACUGAAAAGACAAUGGAACAGUCUGAUCACUGGAUCAUGACUGGAUGGCAUGGAGAACAGUGGGACAAUGAAAGGACAAUGGAACAUUCUGAUCACUGGAUCAUGACUGGAUAACAUGGAGAACAGUGGGAUUUUCAAAACAAUGAAAAGACAAUGGAACAUUCUGAUCACUGGAUCAUGACUGGAUGGCAUGGAGAACAGUGGGAUUUUCAAAACACUGAAAAGACAAUGGAACAGUCUGAUCAAUGGAUCAUGACUGGAUGACAUGGAGAACAGUGGGAUUUUCAAAACAAUGAAAAGACAAUGGAACAUUCUGAUCACUGGAUCAUGACUGGAUGGCAUGAAGAACAGUGGGAUUUUCAAAACAAUGAAAAGACAAUGGAACAUCCUCGAGUACAUUAAUGCCUGGGUCUCAGUUUGUGUAUUUAGCGAAAAUAAACAAAAAAUCAUAAAAAAGUAAGUAUGGCCUUGAUUAUUACCAUUCAAGUUUUAUAUGAUUUAUCAAAGGAAUUUCUAAAAGUUGACCUACUUUUCGUUGUCAUGGCAACGAUCACGUGAUGUAUAUUUCGAAAAACAACACAAAAAAUGAAUAAAUUCGGAAAGUUUACAUUUAGGCUUCGUUUCAUUAUUUUAUGCGGCUAUAUUACGAUGAUCGGCAUCAAACGAAUGUUAAUCGCGUCAUUAAAUGUUAUCUACAAAUAAAUGUACGGUUUCCAAAUUAACGCAGGAAACUUUGUUCCCUUGUUAAUGAUUUUAGCUAUCAAACAUAGCAAAAUUUCGUGAAAUUACCCUGCUGCAAGUCGAACGCGUUUUUCGCGUGAUGAAUUUCACGCGCCAUAAUGAAACAGUCUGCCGCUUAUUGUAAGGGAUAUUAUAUUUCCAAAAACAACAUUCAUUGCGCAUUCAAGCCGAUAUCUUGAAGCAUAGUUAAUGCUUGAAGGGAAGUAUGCCAUGGUGGAAAAGUCCCGAGUGAACUAUAUGUGCUAUUAAUUUGUAAUUCACAAGCAAUUUUUCAUUGAAAUUAAGAAACAGUCAACAAUUAAUACUGAAUAAUCGCAAGAUAGCGCACUAUAAGAAGCUUUUAUUUAUCAGCAGUUCAAAGGUCAGCUGUCGCAAAUGAUACAAUACUUAUUGCUAUACAAAAAGCCAAUUAUUACAUCAAAACUGAAUAGUAUACCGACUUCUUUGCAUUGUAUAUUCCAAAAUAAUCCUGUCGCUCAUAUAUACUAUAUUUUGAUUUGAAGCAAACGCCCGAAUUCACUAAAAUACUCACACAAGGGGCGAAUAUUCUAACAGACGCAUUACUGACAGAUCGCGCGUGCAACACGCGCGCAAGAUAUCAUCCAAGCGUGGGCAGACCCAGGCAUUAACGUGCCUGAGCAGUCUGAUCAAUGGAUCAUGACUGGAUGGCAUGAAGAACAGUGGGAUUUUCAAAACAAUGAAAAGACAAUGGAACAGUCUGAUCACUGAAUCAUGACUAGAUGGCAUGGAGAACAGUGGAAUUUUCAAAACAAUGAAAAGACAAUGGAACAGUCUGAUCACUGGAUCAUGACUGAAUGGCAUGGAGAAUAGUGGGAUCUUCAGAACAAUGAAAAGACAAUGGAACAGUCUGAUCACUGGAUCAUGACUGAAUGGCAUGGAGAAUAGUGGGAUCUUCAGAACAAUAAAACAAUGCGACAUUCUGAUUAGACCAUGACAGGCAAAUAAAUUAAUAUUAAUUCCAUACCCAAAAUCCAAUCUCAAUUAUACAUUAGUCAUUACAUUUAUAAAUUGAUCAAUCUUUUAACCGGAAGAUUUAAAUUGAAUAUGGAAAUAUAAACCCAAUUAAAGUGGCCUCUUGCAGUUUAAAUUUCUUCUUGAUUGAAUUUUUCAAGUGCUUUUUAAAAUUUUAGUGUGUUUUCAAUUAUAUAUAUAUAUAUAUAUAUAUAUAUAUAUAUAUAUAUAUAUAUAUAUAUAUAUAUAUAUAUAUAUAUAAGCAUUAAACAAAGUGCUUUUGGUUUGCAUGAAUGUAAGGGCUUAGGCUUUUAUACCGCGAAGAUUGACAGUAACUGCUUUUCGUAAUUGAGAUUAUGCCAAUGAAGCCAUGUCGCACGUCAUACAGAGAUUGCACAAGAUAAAUGGCUAUAUAUAUAUUUGAUUUCCUGACGAUAUUCGGAUCAAAUAAAUUAGUAGCAAAAUUGUGUCCUAAUCAUUAUAGAUUAUGAAACUGUGUAGUCUCGCACGACCUAAGGCGGGCAUUGCAUUUUUAUUGCAAGAAUCGACCCCUAGGGCAUAUGGUCACCGAGAUGAAAGACAUGUAACCAAUACCACCAAACAGUUUAUGUCGGUGCUGUUAAGCGAUUGCCCACCCUUUAGAACAGACAAUAAUCAUAUAGGCUCAGUAUAGCUUACAUCACUUCCCAUGCACAUAAACAAAAAUCUUCUUUACUGCCUCGCACCCCGUGCAAAAUAAGAUUUGCUUUAUGUUUUGUUGCUUUAAACCGCAGCUGUUUUCUUAUCAUUUUGUCAACAAAAUACGUUCGUAUACGAUAGAUCUAAUUAUGUUUUGACUAGCCGACUUUGUAUAUUUGAAACAAACGGCUUAAAUGUGCUUCCAAAACUAAAAAAACAACCCAAAACAGUCUUGGCAAAUUACAUGUGAGGAUCGAAGAGUGUCAGUCCAGUUUGACUCGACCAAACACAGGAUCGGUACCAUAUUGUCUCUUCAUUAUUUUGAAAAUCCUGGUUAGUAGCUACACUCGGCUCAUACAUCGCCUUUAUUAAAAAAAAAACACAAAAAAAACCCACGGUAAACCUUCAGUAAUAUUACAUAAUAAACAUAGUCUAAAUUAUUCUAAACUUAAAGAUACUUGGAUUUACAUAGUAUAUAUAAAUCCAUAUAUUUCUGAAUAUAGUGUCUGAAGACGGAACUAUAUGAAUUACAUUGAUUGUAUAUACAAAAAGGUUAUAGAGUUGAUUGAAAAAGAAAUAUAUGCGUGCACAAAACAUCAUGCAGGAUACUAUUCAACAACAAAAUACUUCUACUGUCCUCUACUGUCCAUACAGCUCCUCGUCGUUCGAUCUGACUCGUAUGUUACAUUUAUGCAAAGUCUCGUACCGGAAUACUGUAACGAGCGCUACUUUAUCAAAACCGGAAGAAGUGGAGGUAUCUCUAACGGCUGAUAAAAUGCGAUUGCAAAUUCCGGAUCGGAACUCGAGGCCAAUGUCCACCGGGCUGGUCGUACUAAUUAUGUAAAUGAAGCUAUCAAUAAAGUAUGUUUAAACGUACUUAUAGUUCGGAACUUCGCCACAUUGCUUUUAAUUACUUAGAGACAUGAUGUCGUCUGAACGUUGAAUAUUAUACAAAUAUGCAUGCGAGUAAUUGUUCUUCGUUGUAAAAGCUAGAAGAACCAAAGACGACUGUUGACAUGGUAAGUUUGAUCGCUAAAUAUUAUAGUUUAGCCUUUACACAGUAUGCCUAUGUAUCGUUAAAUGAUUUCAUGGAUGGCUUAUUGUUCGCUUGGUAAUAUAGUAGUACACGAAGCCUCCACUUGUCGGAACGGCGUGAAGAAGAUUAAAAAUAGUCAUCCUUAACGUUUCGAGAGGGCAAGUUCUUUUAUCUUUUUUCAAGAAAUUCCGACAAAAACCGCUGUAGCCUAAUUGUUCCAGAAUAUACUAUACCCCCACCUUUGAGAUAUCUUUUUCAGGUAGUUCAGACACAAACCACGACAGCUUAUUGUAGAAUAUUACCUACACUGGACCACCACGUUUGAGAUAUCUUUUUCAGGUAAUUCAGACCACGGACAGCUUGUUGUAAAAUACUACCUACACUGGACCACCACGUUGUUUGAGAUAUCUUUUUCAGGUAGUUCAGACACAAACCGCGGUAGUUAUUGUAGAAUACUACAUACACUGGACCCCCGCGUUUGAAAUAAUAAGUAGACGUAUUGGCUUAAUCUCGGCCGCUUAAUUCAGUUCAGCGUGAUGCAAUUUGAUGUGACGCGCGUGCGGUGUCGAUCCUUUUCUAAACCCUCAAUUCAAGCUGACCAUAUUGGCAACCACAGCCAUUACUAUAGGCUCUUAAAUUGGAAACGUCGAGAAAAAAUAUUAAUUUGUUGUUGCUAUCUAUACCAAAGUUUGUUUUGAAUGAGUUGUUUCAAAUGAAUACUCGAUAUAUUAAUGGGUUUUAUAAUUACAACUUUAGCACGUUUCAAAUAGGUUUUAAUUUUGAUUUCAAGCCGAGUUGCCUUGGCGAAACAUACAUGUUUAACCGAAAAUUAGUUAGGUUCAUAAAAACUAAUACAUAUCACGCUUGCGAUACGGUUUGGCAAAUUGUCACCCCGCAAAGACAAAACAUGAUAGUGAUGCAUCAGAUACGGUCUUCCUAUAAGGCAUGUAUAAAUUUCAAUAGUAUUUUUGCGCCAAUUUUCGGUCUAAUGAAAGUAGUUUAAGAACGAUAAGGCCCACACAUACGUGCCGCGCACUCAAGGCAAAGUAAGAUUAUGUAUGCUUUUCUGUCUACUUAAUUCUAGAGCAUCAUUCAAGUUUAUUAAUAAAGACAAGUCAUAUAUUUACCGAAAUAAAUAUAGACGCGACACUCAACGGCAUAUAAGUUUAAAUAUAGGUUCCUUUUAGCCUUUUAGGCACACCAAUACUAAUCGUUUGUUUCAUCUUGAGUUGCGCUUUAGAAAACUUUUGAAGGAAUAUAAUUUCAGAGGUGUUUGAGACUAGUAUAAUUAUAUGUACAUAACAUUUUCUUACAUGCAGGUGUAGAUCUUAGUCAAGAAUGCAUGCACAUCCUCUUUUCGUAAAAAAAGUUUAAAUUGCUUAGUAAACAUGCAUGCACGCAAUCAUCUGAGACUGCGAGUGUGCAUCUCUUUGUUGGAAAGUAGUAUGUCAUGCACAUAUAUGCUUAAUACUCUUAAUCCCCAAGCAAAGCUUUUUCAUCAUGUCAGUUUUCUGACAAGAACGUGGUUUUUAGCUGCAUGUAUUAGUUUAUCUUUGAUAUUUACAGAAUGGGAAAAAUUAGCUGUCAUUUUAGGCUCUGUGAAAUUGGUAUUGCAAUAUCCAUAUAUAUAUAUAGAGAGAGAGUCCCAGUUACUCAAUGUGGACGUUUAUUAUUCAUGCCUAUGCAAACCAUUUAUGUGAAUUUGUACAUACUAUUAAUACUAUAUAAUCGGUUCAAAAGCCACAGUAUUGCCUUAUAUCGAGAGUUCGACAUGAGCAGAUUGAAAUGCAACGCUGUCGAACCGGUAGGCUAAAGUGUUCAAAAAAUGAAAAUAAAAUGAACGGUUUCGAUAUCUUAAAGCCCCGUUUACACGAGCAAAUUUUAUUUGACACAUUUAAUAUGACAAAUGCAUUUGAUCAUUGAAAAGCUAGCAUGCUUUUGUUCAAAUGCAUUUGUCACAGUAAAUUUGUCACAAAUGCAUCAUCUACACGAGAAAAAUAUCUUUGACAUAUGAAAUUUGUCAAAUAAAGUUUGCUCGCGUGUAUACGGGGCUUAAAACAAAAUAAAAUAUGAUUAUAUAGGCCUAUAUAUAGCUCCUGUAUACGACCGGCUUACGUCACAUUUUAAAACUUUUAACCAUGCCAAUUUUAAACGAAAUUUAAAAUAAUUAUUUUCAAUAUUCAUGCAGGCCCCUUGAAUAUGAAUAAUAGUAUGUACUUUUUAAAUAUAAGGAAAACUCAUAUCUGAACUGACCGCAUUUUAAGUAAAACAGCUGAUAAGAUAACAUUCGAAAAAACCUCGACUUUAUUAAAAUUUGAACGAGGAUAAAAGAGUCAAAUAACCGUGUCUGCAAAUUGUAUAAACAGAAUAAUAAAUUAUCACACUGAAUGCCGCGGCUAUAUACUUCAAUGUAAGCUGACAAUCUCCUAAACUUAAAUUAAAUAAUUCUUUUUUAAUCAGUAUCUUGGGCAAAUAAUAUAAUAUGCAAUUUUUCGUACAGUAUUAGCAAAUAGCAAAUUCAAAAGUGUGCCGAAACUAUACUAAGAGGAUUAAGUUUUUUUGUCAAAAUAAAUAUGGGUAGCCCGCGAUUUUAUCAGACGUAAAACUGUAAACGAUUUAUCUAGACAGCCUCAAGGAACUGUCAAUUCAAAAAUACGAUAGCCUUUUUGCAUGUGUGGUUUUGCAUGUAACAAAAAGUCAAUUUCAUGAAAAUGCAGAGUCUGGCUUUGUUCGAAGGUUUAUAGCCAAUCAGAAUGUAGUUAGUAUACAGACUAUGGCUCUAAUCUAGAGUUAGAAUUAUUAAUAAGACAACCACAUUCCAGACAAUUUUGAUUAACACUACAACAGUGUUUUCAUUUUUUGAAAACCGAACAAUGUUUCAAUCUGCCAUAAAAAAGAUGGCGGCAUGUCGAUCCUAUAGUGAUAAGUUCCUUGCUCAAAUUUAAAUCGUCAGCGAUAAUAAAUGUUUCACAUGAAUAAGAGUAUAUGUUUAAUUAAUAAUGGCUACUUUCUGACGAAAUUUUGUGUCUGCAAAGCAGUGGCUUUUGUUUUAAAAAUAUGACAUUUUCUGCCCACAAAAGGGCAUGGCGAAAUGGACACGUUGGUAUAUUUUGUUUCACAUGCAAGAACAGGACUGAAUACGGACGCCAAAUCCAUCAAAAGAAUGCCAAUCUUUACUAAAUGAUGUGAUAUCAUGUCAAAGAUUUUUAAUUGCAGUCGCAGACGAUUUAAAUUAUAGCAAAGAACAGUUAUUUAUAAGACCGACAUGCCGCGCCAUCGUUUUCAUCAUGGCGAAUUUUCGUCAGAAAACAAUUGCUUCGGAAAACUGAAGACUAAAGUGCUUUUUUUAUUUUGAAUAAAAGCGCUCCUCUGCUGCAGGAUAAUGGUUGAUAAUCUUCUUACGAAUACUGAGAAGCUCAUAAGUCACAACUAUAUAAGAAGCAUUUAUUAAUUUUAAUUACGACUGCAUAAGUGCAUCCUCGAUCCUGUAAACGAGUGUUGAAUAUAGACACUUCAAUACUUCAUACGGUUUGUGAUGCAAUCAGCUUUGAAAAAAACUAAUGGAUCGGACGUUGUGCAUGUGCGCAAAUUAAUUAAAGAUUGCAUACCGUUCUGAAGAAUUCUGAAAACAUUCAAAUGCGCUAUUAGCUAGUGGAGUUGUCCUCUUGUAAGAGAACAGUUUAGAUCUGAUAGAGCUAUCCAGUUCAAAUAAAGUUAGGUAGGUUUCCUUCUGCCGCAACACUGGAUCAAUAAGAGACGACUCUUACUGGACCUCUAGGAAGAACAGUUUAGAAUUGAUAGAGCUAUCCAGUUCAAAUUAGGUUAGUUCAGUUUAGGUUUCCUCCUGUAGUAAUACUGGAUCAAUAAGAGACGACUAUUUCUGGACCUCUAGGGAGAACAAUUUAGAAUUGAUAGAGCUAUCCAGUUCAAAUUAAGUUAGUUUAGGUUCCAAUUCCUCCUGUAGUAACACUGGAUCAAUAAGAGACGACUUUUACUGGACCUCUAUAGGAAGAACAGUUUAGAACUGAUAGAGCUAUCCAGUACAAAUAAAGUUAGUUUAGUUUAGGUUUCCUCCUUAUAACAUUGGAUCAAUAAGAGAUGAUCCUUACUGGACCUCUGUGGAGAACAAUUUAGAACUGAUAGAGCUAUCCGGUAUAAAUAAAGUUAGUUCUUAGGUUUUCUUCUGUAGUAACACUGGAUCAGUGAGAGAUGAUCCUUACUGGACCCCUAGGAAGAACAGUUUAGAACUGAUAAAGCUAUCCAGUAUAAAUAAAGUUAGUUCAGUUUAGGUUUCCUCCUGUAGUAACACUGGAUCAAUAAGAGACGACUCUUAUUGGAAUAACUGGACCUCUUGGAAGAACAGUUUAGAACUGAAUGAUAGAGCUAGCUAUCCAGUAUAAAUAAAGUUAGUUUAGUUUAGGUUUCCUCCUGUAGUAACACUGGAUCAAUAAGAGAUGACUCUUAUUGGAAUAACUGGACCUCUAGGAAGAACAGUUUAGAAAUGAUAGAGCUAGCUAUCCAGUAUAAAUAAAGUUACUUUAGUUUAGGUUUCCUUCUGUAGUAACACUGGAUCAAUAAGAGAUGAUCCUUACUGGACCUCUAGGAAGAACAGUUUAGAACUGAUAGAGCUAUCCAGUAUGAAUAAAGUUAGUUUAGUUUAGGUUUUCUCCUGUAGUAACACUGGAUCAAUAAGAGACGACUCUUACUGGACCUCUAGGAAGAACAGUUUAGAAAUGAUAGAGCUAUCCAUGCAGAAUUGAUUAAGAAUUAGUUUAGCUUAAUCUGCAUCCAGGAAAGCUAGGAACCAUCAUGUACUCUUACUAAUGUUCAACACUGAUAAUUAUCUAGGCUCGUAAUCACAGCGACUGUGGUAAUGUCCACGAGUUACCAACGGUCACAGCUAUUGCGGGUGGAUUUCUCGCGUUGCUUGGUAUCCCAGCAAACAUUGUGGUCAUAAUGGUUGUACGAAAAACGAAACUGAAAAAAUCAACUCUGCUCUAUCUGAUACUAAACCUCGCCUUAACAGACAUUGUCAAUUUGUUGGCUACCGAAUCUUUCUUGAUCUCAGAAAUUAUACUGCGCCCCGUCUGGGGCACACAUUUGACGUUCGUGAGGUCAAUUCUUAUUCCAAAUGAUGUGGCGAUCUUGACGCUUACGACAAUCGCAGUCGAACGCUUCAAUGCGUUGGUUAGACCGAUGCGUCCUGUUGUAAAUAUCAGCAAAACGAAAAUGUACUUAUUUAUAUUUCUUAUAUGGUUCGUCGGAAUCGUGUUCAACCUUCCACCCAUUAUUGUAACUUUAGUUCAUCGCGUCUCGCAUUGCGACAAGUUAAAUACGACAUGGCAUACGUUCGAGUUGACAUAUAGUAUAGUAUCACUAGUGACAUUUCACGCAAUACCAUUGGUUGUUUACAGCUAUUGUUACUCAAAGAUCAUCAAAGGCGUUUUUGUAGACCGCACUGUGCUGGGUGGCGAAAGCUUUCCGAAUGGCGAAGCUCUGGCGGAGAAGAAGACUUUGGUUCGCACUACGAUUUCAGUGACGGUCGUUUUUAUAAUCUCCUGUACAAGCGCGACCGUAGGACUCACCGUCAACUCGUUCGGGAAAGGUGAAGACGUCUUGCCGAAACAAUAUCAUUCCUUGGUACUGCUGUUGAAGUGUCUGUCGUCGACAGUGAAUCCGUACUUGUAUUAUCUGCAGAGUAAAAAAUAUCGCGCCGAGGUCAGACAGUUGUUUGCAAGUUGGAAAGCAAGCAGCAAGCAUGACUGUGACGCCGAAGGAACAGUGAAUAUUUUAACUGUAAUGUGA